CUUUACUACGAACACGCACCCAGGAGCAGCCUCACACAGAGCUCCUCGACAGCAGCUGGAUGGAUCUAUCUGUUCUCAGAUCAGCGUAGACUUCCGGCUUGGGGGUCACGUCACUCCGCGGGGUUGUGCUUCGGCUGCGGACGGUGCGGAAGGAAACAGAAGGUAAGCGGAGUGUAACCGUAAACAAAACAUUGAAGAAAGGUGAAGAUUUGGACUUCAGAAAGUCUGGAAGGAGAUGCUGCGUUUCUCAACACCCUGGGCAGAAGACACAGACAUGAUCAACGUCGAGUGGUCGGCGUAAAUACGACAUCAGAGUGAAGUAGGUGCGUGUGUGUGUGUGUGUGUGUGUGUGUGUGUGUGUGUCGGUGGUCCAAAUGAAGUGCUUGCUGAUAGCCAGUGAGAGCGCUGAAGUCCUCUUCCACUGGACUGACCCUGAGUUUCAGCAGAAUAUCCAGGAGCAGUAUGGCGCGUCUCAGGAGGAGGGCCAGGGGCUUCCAGCCUUCGAGGACAGCAUCAGCACUCAGUUUGCUCCCAUCAUUAUCUCCUGCAGCACCAUGGUGGACCGGCUGGGAGACGGCUACACCUCCUUCACCACAGAAAACAACCACAUCUAUGUCCUCCAUCAGUUCGAUGAGUGUCUCUACAUCGCUGUGAACGGAGAUGGGGAGGAGGGAGAGGACGACCUGAGGAGGAAGAUCUAUGUGAUGAAGAAGAUGAUUGAGGUCAUGUUUGGCAUGGUCACCCUCAGCAGCAACCUCAUGAGAAGAGAGCUGCGUCCUCAGGACACAGAGCAGAGAGCGCGGCUGUGGACGCAUCUGCAGGGUCUUCUGGAGACGUACAGCCAGCUCAGAGAGAACGACCAGAGCUUCUUAGUGGAGGCAGUGGAGAGGCUGAUCCACCCCACGCUGUGCGAGCAGUGCAUCGAGUUCCUGGAGCGUCGUAUAGUUCAGCAGCUCAACAGCAGCGUGGAGCGAGCUGGAGAGGAGGUGCUGCACUCCUUCAUCCUCGUUCACACCAAACUGCUCGCCUUCUACUCUAGCCGUAAUGCGAGCACACUCUCCACCUCAGACCUCUUGGCCCUCAUCAUCAUGGCACAGAAUAUGUAUCCUAGCAACACAGACCUGGAUGACCCGAGUCCAGAGGAUAUUGAGAGCACGUCAGGUUCUGGUCCUGAAAGUUUUUACACCCCAGAGCCUUCCCCAACAGCCUCCACCAAUUCAGACAAGCCGGUGAGAGGGAGUACUCCUGUGUUUGAGUUUGUGGACCCAGACGUCCAGAUGGCAGAGGACAGCCUGCAGACUCUGGAGGUCCCGCCCCCUGACCCUUCAACCCCUCGUAGAGUCUUCUUAGAGGUCUCGCAUAAAGAGGGGCUGUAUCCCAUGAUGCCUCACUCCAUGUACUGCCUGCCGCUGUGGCCGGGCAUCACGCUGGUGCUGCUAACAAAGAGUCCCACCAGUGCAGUGGCCAUGUCAGUGUAUAAGUUUUUGGAGGCCUUUGCCAAGCUGGAGAAGCGUCUGAGUGAAGGCCAUGAAGGUUCUGCUGCAAGCAGAGGACAGCCGACCAUUUUCGACAUCCGCAGUAAACUGGACAAAUUCAUUAAAGCCCUCGGGCCCAGUGACAUACAGUCUGCACAGUUACAACAUGUGUGGACAGAGUUCAAAAACCGAGCGUUUGCCAGAGGAGGCCCUGGGUUCACCAAAGAACUCAUCCCGUGGUGUAAGAAUAUGAAGACGCAGCUGUGUGGAAUCUACCGACAGUGUUUUCUUAUUGAACCUGGACCAUCUGACAUUCCUCGACGUCUCUCCCCCAGUCUGCAGGAACGAGCCCAGACCAUGUUGCAAGAGAAACUGAUGGACUGGAAGGACUUCUUGUUGGUGAAAAGCAAGAGGAAUAUCACCAUGGUGUCAUACCUGGAGGAUUUCCCGGGCCUCAUUCAUUUCAUCUGCGUGGACCGAUCCACCGGGCAAAUGAUCGCACCAUCAUUGAACGUCACAGAACGCAGCACGUCUGAGCUCGGGAAGGGACCAGUGGCUCAGUUCAUCAAAAGCAAGGUCUGGAGUCUUGUCAGCACAACACGCCGCUAUCUCCAGAAGGGUUACUCCACUGUCACACUGAGAGAUGGAGACUUCUACUUCUGCUACUUCCUCUGGUUUGAAAACGACACCGGUUACAAGUUAGAGGCAGGGGAAAUACCACCCCUACCUGAUGACUCCGCCCCCAUCGGGAUGCUGGCCUGGGACUACUACAGGAAGCUGCUGCGGUACUACAGCAAGCAUCACCAGGGGGAGGUGGUGAAGUGCUACGAGCUGCUGACGGUUCACCUGGGGGUCAUCCCCAGCGAGAUCAUCCUGCAGCACUGCAGGCAGCUGGCGAGCAAACUGUGGGAGCCUUCACGCAAUCCACUGCUGUAGACACGCACCCACAGGUCACCGGCUCACCGUGGUCAACAGACACAUUUGUUGUAGUGCCAAGAUGCAGGAACAAGAAAAACAUAUUCUCAUUUAUAUUCCUUCAGAAAGUGUCCACUGCCGUGUUUUUCAUGUUUUCAUAGACUGUGUUUAAGCUUUUGUAUCUUAUCAUCAAUAAGUUCACCUUAAAGUAUUUAUUAGAAGUACUUAAAUGUAUGACUACAGAACCUGUUUGCACUUAUAAGAUUUAUUGUCUGCUAUGAAGUUUAUUUACAAGAUUGUGCCUUCAUUUUUCUAGAUUUGUAAUAUCAAUUUGAAUCCCCAUUUAUGAGCCGUUUUCUAUUUAUUAGUCGUCCUUUAUUUUGCUGUUUUGUUUUUUCCAUUUUAAAAUUUUGCAGCUCUGUGACUUUUAUAAAUGUAGAUUCUGCCUUUACUACUGAAAGUGUCAUAAAUUAUAUGAAUGAAAUGUGAAACAAUGUUUUCUAAAUGUCUCUCUGAAGAUGAAUUAUAUAUGGGGACACUAAAUCUCAAUAGUCUUACA